AUGACACCACCUAUCAUGCAAUUGCAAGCGGACUGGUACAAGUUUCUGACCCCUCGUUUCCAACCCUGCCCUCAGCAAUCCAACACCCGGAACAACGCCAACCGGUUAUUUGACAGCCAAAACAACGAUAAUGGGGGGUACCAAGUCGGCGACAACUGUCAGCCUGUGUGUCAAAAUGCGAACCAGCAGUAUGACAGCCAGAAACCUGGAGCGGGGAAAGGAACGAUGUACUAUUACGCAGGGUCGGAGCUAUCCUUAGAGUGGACAAACCAGCACGCUUGCGCGCCGGAGAAUCUGGGGCCCAACACGCGGUGUGACAUCAUUAUCCAGUAUGCUUGCGACUCGACCCCCGCUGACAACAGCACGCUCCGGGACGGAACCAAAACGACUACCAUCACUGCCACGUCAGCGGGUGACGUGGACCCCUCCUCUGGUCGCCACGAGUCGUUCCAGUAUUACAGUGACUGCCGGGCCAGGCAGCGGAACCGGGGCCUAUUCACAGCGGACCGUAACAUGCGGGAUGACAUCGGCGCGACGUCGACGAGGCAGAACGAGAAUGGCAACAGGUACGGCUUCGAGUGUCCGGAGGAGCGUGACUACUACCCGUACUGGCACCCAACCAUGUGGAACGACGCGGCGGUGCUGACGUCAGACACCACCCGGUGUCCGUACUACGCGCGGGAGAGCGAGAACGUCAAGGGCAGAGGUUUCUGCUCGCUUCCUCAGUACAACAACCAGGCCGCCUGCGAAGGCGGCACGGCAGGCGGCACCUGGACUCAAACGUCGCCGCGAAAGUUGCCGCCCCCUUUCUGCGGCCCGGUGCCCAUCUCCCGGGACAACCACCUGGGAGACGUCGUCGGGGGAAGCAUGGCCAGCUACAAUUGGACGCUGCCAAACCCGCCCCCCGGUCUCACGGCUGCCACGUGUGUCCUCCGCAUUCGCUACAACAUCACGACGACCGACUUCACCGCCUGGCCGGUGGGCCGAUUGGAUGGCGUAGACUCGCGAAACAACAAUGAUCGGAGCCCGGUUACCAAUAACCCGGAGAAAGACUACCUCGGGUUAGGGUACAACAAAACAGGCCCAUUGAGACUAGCGAUGAACACCGCCCAGUUCGGACGGACCUUCCAGGACCGGUCGCACGUGUGGGUCCUCAAGUCGCGCCCCGCUGACGUCGACGAUGACACGCGCAUCAUCAACGUUAACGUCAGAGGUAGGAGGGGGAACAUUGUACAGGUGUACCCUUCCGUUGAGUACGACUUCGUGCCGACGCGCUUCCACGCGGGUGUGGGCGACCUGCUACAUAUACAGUGGACUGGCUCGGACGCCAAUAGCCAGGGGAACAAUGGAAACGGCCGGACGUCGACGGACCGCAGCAACCUGGUCCAGAUCGCGUCCGCGGCCGCGAACGUGCCGCUGUCCGCGGCGUCCAACACGCUGCUGCUCGCGCGCAACGGGAGCGCGGACCCCGCGGCGCUCGCGCGCUUCGCGUACCUCAACCAGACGGGGUGCAACGCGGGGGAGACGGACCAGAACGCGCUGGACAACUGCAAGGUCCUAAACGCGGCCCCCGCAUAUUUCGACGGCGGCCUGGUGGAGCUGCGCGCUCAGGGCACCAUGCACUUCAUGUCGACCCGGAACAACGCCUUCUCCAACCGGUCACAAAAGUUGACCGUUAUCGUCGGCCCGGGGAAAAGAAAACCCAAUCUACCCGCCAUAAUCAUUGGGUCAGUGGUCGGGUUACUGGUAGUUGCAACCGGGGUGUUCUUGCUGGCGGCGUUUUGGGUCGGGGCGGAGGCCGGGGGAGGGGUCGGAUUGGGCUCAGCGAUCAUCAUCGCUAGGACGAAGCGGCGGCUCUUCUUCUGGAGACGGCCCCCAGUGCACUCGCUUGUCACCUCGGCAGCAGCUCCAGAUUCACCGGGCGCAAUUACGACCGGGCCAAACGGCAUGGUGCUUUCCGUUCCCACGCCUCCCGACACCCCGGUGAGAAAAGGCGCCCCCGGCGGACUAACCGGCCACUCAGGCCCGUAUAACCCGCUGGUUACAUGGUGGGUUAACCUCGGCCGGGGAAACCGGUUCCUGGGCAUCUACGGAACGCUGACGGCCGCGGCCGCUCUCGACGGGUUCAUCACAAACGUCAGCCGCCUGUCCGGCCCGGCGGGGGCGUUCUUCCCACUUGCCAAAGCAGGAGGAUACAUGCUGGACUUCAACUGCACGCUGAUUCUGUUCCCCAUGAUGCGCAACAUCAUGAGCUGGCUGCGGACGACGCCGCUGUCCGAAUGGGUCCCGCUGGACGAACACAUCACCUUCCACACGCUGGUCGCCGCGGUGAUCGCGUUCGCAUCCGCGUUCCACAUUGCGAUGCACUACGCGGCGGGCGCCCAGAUGGGCAUUCUACGACAUUACGUUAUCGAGACGCUGCCUGGCGUCACAGGCCACCUGAUUGUGCUCCUAAUGAUCCCCAUGUUCUUGACCGCCCACAACAGCAUCCGCCGGGGCAAGGGGUUCAAUUUUCGAAAGCGCAAGAUCGGCGGCUACGAUCUCUUCUUCAACGUGCACCAACUCUACAUCCUAGUUUUCAUUCUUCUUUGGAUCCACUCCCCGUCUUUCCACAAGUGGUGCUUUUGGCCGGUGGUUCUAUUCAUUGUGGAUAAGCUGGUGGGGCACCUGCGGUCGGGGCGGGAGGUGCGCCUGCUGCGGGCCUGCAACGAGACGACCGGAACGGAUGUGAUGCGCAUCGAAAUGGCUAUCGACCGGUUCCACUACAAACCGGGGCAGUACCUGUACAUAAACUGCCCGGCGAUCUCCAAGCACGAAUGGCAUCCGUUUACCAUUACGAGCGCGCCGGAAGAAGCGAUCGUGUCCGUCCAUAUGAGGACACGUGGCGACUGGACGACGGGGCUGCGGCAGCUGCUGAAUCCGGAGAACCUCAAGGAGGUUGACUUCUCUGACAUCAGCGCCUUGUCCCGGGCGUCCGCCCCAGCCACCAGCGCGACGCGCGCCAAGCCGCUCUCACCGCUCGCGCCCGCGUCCGCCCGAAACCCUAAAACCCCGGACAUCGCCGAUGCGAAGAAACCAGACGCGAAGCCGGCCGCGGAACCCGUAAAAGAAAACGAAACCCCUCCCGCAAAGACGUCGUUCUUCGGCGGGCGGGGAGCCAAGCCCCGGGCGAAGCCCGAGCUUGGGAAAGGAGAGAAAGAUCCCGGGGGAUCCCCCCGGGCGGAAGCGUCCCAAGCUACCCCGGCCAGCGUGCAAGCGCUGAGCAAGAUCGCCGCUCAGAAGGAAGAGAACGCGGUACCCACCGGGCAGGGAGAGGUUCCUGGUACAAACCCGCCGGGCGUUCCGCUCGAGCAGGUCGUGAGCGGGGAGCGCCCGGCGGGAGGCGCUGCGGCCGCGGCCGCGACGCCGCUGGCGCGCGCGGACGCGAUCUCGCGCGCGCCCUUGAUCCGGGUGGACGGACCAUAUGGGGCGGGGUCUGAGCACGUGGUGGACUACGAUACGGUGAUGUUGGUUGGCGCCGGGAUCGGUGUGACGCCGUUUGCCGCCGUCUUGAAAAGCAUCCGCCUCCGCUGGCGCCGCCAGGCCGCGACCGGGGGGCCGCUGGACACCGUCUUUCCGCUCAAGGUCUACUUCUAUUGGAUCUGCCGCGAUCGGCAGGAGUUCAACUGGUUCAGCUGGCUGCUCGCGGAGCUCGAGCACGAGGACGUCAGGCUGAGCAACCGGUUCGAGAUCAACACGUACAUGACCGGCGAGUUAAACCUGGACGAAGUCGUCACUCAGAACAAGGACACGUCAGCAAAGAAGGGCGCGGAGGUCGCGUGGGCCGGCAAGAAGUGGGCGGGGCGACCCAACUGGAAGCGCAUCUUCAAGAAGGUCGCCGAGACGCACGGCGGCAAGACCGUCGGCGUGUUCCUGUGCGGCCCCGGGGCGCAGGAGCUGCGGGACGCGUGCAAGAGCAACACAACGCUAGGGGGAGCGACCUUCGACUUCCACAAGGAGAACUUCUAA